AUGGCCGUUCAGAUUGGUCAAAUAGCACAGCUACUCGAUGCGACGCUCGAUCCGCAACAGCACCGCAAAGCCGAGGCUGCCCUCCGGCAAGAGGAGAAGAAACCGCAAUUUUCCCUAAUCCUUCUCCAGAUCGUUGCCUCCGAGCCACUACCAGUCAAGACGCGGCUCGCAGCCUCUCUCUGCUUCAAGAACUUCAUCCGACUCAACUAUGUGGACGAAGAUGGCAAGUACAAGUUGCCCGAGGAUGAGGUCGCCACCAUCAAGCAAGAGCUUGUCGGUCUGAUGAUCUCCUCGCCUUCGAACAUCCAGACUCAGCUGGGCGAAGCCAUCAGCAUAAUCGCUGAUUCCGACUUCUGGGACAGGUGGAACACGCUCGUUUCGGACUUGGUGGGGAGGCUAUCCCAGACAGACUACAAGGUGACGAACGGCGUCCUUGAGGUUGCACACUCAAUCUUCGUUCGAUGGAGACCACUAUUCCGGUCGAACGAGCUCUUUGAAGAGAUCAACAACGUGCUGGCAGUGUUUGGCGAACCAUACGUCAAGAUGCUUACUGUCGCCGAUGCUCAAAUUGAAGCGAACAAGGACAACGCUGUGGCCUUGAAAGGCUGGUUCGAGACCAUGAGCCUCCUGAUCAAGCUCUUCUACGACCUCUCAUCACAAGACAUGCCGCCCAUUGUCGAAUCACACCUGCAGCCAAUCACUGGUCUUUUGCAGAAAUAUCUCUCGUACACAAACCCCAUACUUGGUGACGACGACGAGGAGGCCACGAUCAUUGAGGUUGUGAAGGCGGACAUUUGUGAGGCGCUUCAGCUUUACACGACCAAGUACGACGAGGAUUUUGGCCCCUACACCGAGCAAUUCAUAACCACUGUCUGGAAUCUGCUCUCCACAACCGGCCCUGGAAAGAGAUAUGAUCUUCUGGUCAGCCGCGCGCUCCAAUUCCUCACUGCUGUUGCCUCUUCUUCGAGACACGCAGAGAACUUCAACAACGAGAACGUUUUGGGACAGAUUGUUGAGAAGGUCAUCCUGCCAAACGUGCAGCUUCGGGAGUCGGACAUCGAGAUGUUUGAGGACGAACCGAUCGAGUUUAUCCGGCGCGAUUUGGAGGGUUCUGACACGGAUUCCAGGCGGAGAGCUGCAACCGACUUCCUGAGAAAGCUGCUCGAGAAGUUCGAGAUGCUCGUGACCCAGGUGGUCUUCAAGUAUAUCGACCACUAUCUCACCCUCGGCAAGGCCGACUGGAAGGCCAAGGAUACCGCUAUUUAUCUCUUCCUGGCCAUCGCCGCCAAGGGUAUCGUGACCGCCGCACAAGGAGUGAAGACUGUCAACCAGUAUGUCGACGUGGUUGACUUCUUCCAGAAGCAUGUCGCUUCGGAUCUCAUGGCAGCCGGAGAUGUCGAGCCCAUCUCCAAGGUUGACGCCAUCAAAUAUCUGCACAAUUUUCGAAGCCAGUUGACCAAGGACCAGUGGCAAGCUGCAUUCCAGCCAUUGAUUCAGAACAUGGCAUCUACCAACUAUGUCGUCUACACUUAUGCGGCUAUCGCUGUGGAGCGUGUGCUGUACUUGACAAACGAUGACGGCGAGCACCUGUUCGCUCGGGCAGAUAUCGAACCGUUCGCCAAGGACUUGCUCGACCACUUGUUCAGCCUCGUGGAGAAGGACCCAAGCCCCGCAAAGCUGCAAGAGAACGAGUUCUUGAUGCGCUGUAUCAUGCGUGUUCUCAUUGUGCUCAAAGAGGGCGUUGCUCCCAUUGUGGAUGGAGUCCUCAACCAUCUCAUCACCAUCACCAACAUCAUCAAGGCCAACCCGAGCAACCCUCGAUUCUACUACUAUCACUUUGAGGCUAUCGGAGCCCUUACCAGGCAAGUUCUAGACCGCGUCGAGUCCCCCCCCCCCCCUUCCUUGCUAACAUCUCACAGAUAUUGUGGUUCAACGAUGGAGCAACAAUUGGAGACGCGCCUCUGGGAACCGUUCUCGUACAUCCUCAACGAGGACGUAUCUGAAUUCGUCCCAUACGUGUUCCAGAUCCUCUCCUCCCUCCUUGAGAGCAAUCCUUCGAGCCCACUCCCUGAGAACUUCAAGACGCUAAUCCCGCCGCUCUUGAUGCCAACUAUCUGGGAGACUAGAGGCAACGUCCCUGGCUGCACUCGAUUCCUUUGCGCAAUCGUUCCUAAGGCUAGAGAUGCUAUUGUUGCGGAGAAUCAACUCGAAUCCGUUUUGGGCAUUUUCCAGCGACUUAUCACAAGCAAGCGCAACGAGCAGAAUGCAUUUGACCUGCUAGAGUCCAUUGUUGCCGCCAUUCCGGCGGCAUCUCUGGAUGCGUACUUCGGCAAAAUUCUCGAGCUCCUUUUCACGAAGCUCCAGGCCAACCCUUCAGACUCCUUCAAGACGCGCUUUGUUCGCUUCUACCAUCUUGUAUCCGCAAAGGGUGUUGAAAACGGGCUUGGCGCGGAUUACUUCAUCAAGCAUUCCGAGGCUCUUCAGGCGAACGUGUUCACUCCCAUUUAUCUCAACAUUAUCCUGCAGACUACAGGCCAGUUUGCCCGCCCGGUGGACCGCAAGCUUGGUGUCAUCUCAUACACCAAGACGCUAUCUGAUUCGACUGCGUUUGCACAAAAGUACCAAAAGGGUUGGGGUUUCACCUGCAAUGCUCUUCUCGACUUGCUCAAGAACCCUCCCCAGGUUGCCACCGGUGCUGGAGACGAGAUCGUCGCCGAGGCCGAUGUCGAUGAUAUCGGAUUUGGUGUAGGCUACACUCCUCUCAACACGUGCAAGAAGGGCUCCAGGGAUGAUUUCCCGGCUAUCGAGAACGUGCAGCAGUGGGUGAGUCAAUUCCUGAAGGAGGCGAAUGCAAGACACGGCGGUGCCAUUGCGGGCUACAUCGACCAGCGUCUGCAGGAUAGCAGCAAGCAAGCGCUUGCGCCUUACCUGCAGUGA